GGGGGGAGAUAGCGCAUGUCUCAUCUCUCAGUGCAGCCACUAGACGCUCUCACCACCACCAAACUCUCCACCAUCUUUUGCAUGUGCAACAUUUGCAGCCGGACAGAAACCUCUCCCAGGGCUAUGGAGACUGCGGGAAAAAUCCAGCUCAGCAGGAUGGAUUGCUAAAAAAAACCAUUAAAAAAAUUAAAAGAAAGAAAAAAGGAAGGAGGAAAAAAAUCUCUUCUCUUUUCUCCCCCUCCCCUUUGAAUUCAUUUUUAUUCUUGAUUUUGUUUGUAGCCACCUCGUCCUCAAUGCCUCUCUGAGCAGCAUCUAGCGAGAGAGAGAGAGAGAGAGAAAGAGAGAGAUCAGGAGAUACAGAGAGGCAAAAGAGAAGAUGAGGAUUAUUUGCAGACAGCUUGUCUUCUUGUUUUCUGGCUUUUGCGGACUAGCAAUGGGAGCUUUCCCUAGCAGUGUGCAAAUAGGUGGUCUCUUCAUCAGAAACACAGAUCAGGAAUAUACUGCUUUUCGAUUAGCAAUUUUUCUUCAUAAUACCAGCCCCAACGCCUCUGAAGCACCUUUUAAUUUGGUUCCUCACGUAGACAACAUUGAAACAGCUAACAGCUUCGCUGUAACAAAUGCCUUUUGCUCCCAGUACUCUAGAGGAGUUUUUGCCAUUUUUGGAUUGUAUGAUAAGAGAUCAGUACAUACCUUGACCUCAUUCUGCAGCGCCUUGCACAUCUCCCUCAUCACGCCAAGUUUCCCCACAGAGGGCGAGAGCCAGUUUGUACUGCAGCUGCGACCAUCUUUACGGGGAGCUCUUCUAAGUUUGCUGGAUCAUUAUGAAUGGAACCGUUUUGUCUUCCUUUAUGACACAGACAGGGGUUACUCAAUACUUCAAGCUAUUAUGGAAAAAGCGGGACAAAAUAGCUGGCAAGUCAGUGCCAUAUGUGUGGAGAAUUUUAAUGAUGCCAGCUACAGGAGGCUUUUAGAAGACCUGGAUCGAAGACAAGAAAAGAAAUUUGUAAUAGACUGUGAAAUAGAGAGGCUUCAGAAUCUUUUAGAACAGAUUGUGAGUGUUGGAAAGCAUGUUAAAGGCUACCAUUACAUCGUUGCAAACCUGGGAUUCAAAGAUAUUUCUUUGGAGAGGUUUAUGCACGGAGGAGCCAAUGUAACAGGAUUUCAGUUAGUAGAUUUCAGUACUCCUAUGGUAACUAAACUCAUGCAGCGCUGGAAGAAGCUGGAUCAGAGAGAAUACCCAGGAUCUGAUAGCCCUCCAAAGUACACAUCUGCUCUGACCUAUGAUGGGGUACUUGUGAUGGCUGAAACAUUCCGUAAUCUUAGAAGGCAAAAAAUUGAUAUUUCACGGAGAGGGAAUGCUGGUGAUUGUCUUGCUAAUCCUGCUGCACCAUGGGGCCAGGGGAUUGAUAUGGAAAGAACACUCAAACAGGUUCGAAUACAAGGGCUGACCGGAAAUGUUCAGUUUGACCACUAUGGUCGCAGAGUCAACUACACAAUGGAUGUAUUUGAGCUGAAGAGCACAGGCCCUCGUAAGGUUGGUUACUGGAAUGACAUGGAUAAAUUAGUUUUGAUUCAGCAUGAACCUUCUCUUGGAAAUGAGUCAGCCAUUGAGAACAGAACAGUAGUUGUAACUACAAUUUUGCCUCUGAUGAAGAAUCCUAUUUUAAGAAAUUGAUCAAUGAAGAAAAGAGUCCCACGAUGCUGCGAACAUUCCUAACUCAGGCUCAAGUAUUAAUCUGCAGUGUAGUAACAUUGAGCUAAUUUUCCCAUAUGGAUUACUGUUCCUCUGACUGGAUGGCCAGGCAUUGAACCAUCAAGAAAAGCUCUGUGACUAUUCUGAAAUGGCUAGAACAGAUGAUGUUAACCUUCAACUUUGCCAAGCUGAGAAGAAAAUGAUGUGAAUAACAAGUUCUGAACUGAAAAUUUUCCUCUCAUACCAAUCCUGAUAUCUUUAAUUGGGGCUCCCAUAAAUGAACAGUGUAAUUUCUGUAAAUAGCCAAACUUAGGAGAAGCAAGUAAAAAAAUAUAAAAAGGAUGCCUGUUUGCCAAACGUAUACAAGGGGAGGGAGGGAAGGAGGGAGCUUUUUCAAUGUAUUAUUUUACCUGUCCUGUUUGCAUAUGUGCAUAAUAAAUGUUAUCUUUAACAGAAGUUUUCCAGUCCAUAUAUAAAAAGGACUGGUCGAUCAUUUUUCAAACCAAGAUGCUGAAUGAAUUUUACAAAGCAUGCCCAGUUUUCAUGCAGCAUGUCAUUUUGGAAUAAAUACAAUUAUCCGAAAAUAUACCUAUCAACCUAAAGUGACCCGCUCAAUGCUUUGAUAUCCAGAUGCAAAAUAAAUUUGAUUGGAAUAAAAAUGUAUGGGAAAAAUCUGUCUUUGGUUAGUUAUGCAUAUCUCCCAUUGACUUCAGUAGGAGCCGCAUAGUUGGCUCUGAAAGCAGAAUUUGACCCCCAGUUCUUAAUAGUCAUCUGCAAAGGCAACAGAUGUAGAAUCUACAAGCUCUUAAUCACACAAAAGCAACAUAUUAAACUACAGUGCAUUUCAGAAUCUUGUCAUUUUGCUCUUCCCUGUACUUUUCUCAUGUCGUAAAUGCCAGACAGAGAUUGGUGACCUCUUCACUGCCCUCUUGAUAUUGAAGUAAAGCUGAUUCAACGUACAUGAAAAAUAUAAUUUUGGUUGCAUGCGUUCCUUCCAGUAUUAAACUGAAAAGCUUCUGUGAUCAAUGCUGUCAAGUUUUUCAGUCUGUGGAAGACCGAUGUCUAGGCAUAGUAAAAGAUUUAAGAGUUGUCAGCAUGGCAUGCUUUAAUUUUUGUGUGAAGUAAUAGAGCACCGAUUAUUUCGCUUUACUAUCUUAUUUUGUAUGUGUCUAUGCUUAAUUUGCUGUAAUUUUACCUUUUAUUAUUAAAUAUAAGAUAUGUAAUAAAAGAAACUAGCUCUAUACCCAAACAAACAAGCUUGAUACUUUUGACUUUAGCAAAAUACUAUGGUCACCUGUAGUACAGUAAAUAUGCUUAGAUUUUAUUUUAAAUUUUUGAUUUAUCAUACAGAAAAGUACUCCUGGGAGAUUGCUAGAGUGAAAAAUUGAGACCUCUAUUCUAGUGAACAUUCUUAUUUAACUAAUAUUUAGUUUUAAUAUAAAAGGUUGCAAAAACUGGAAGAGUAUCAGAGGGGUAGCUGUGUUAGUCUGGAUCUGUAAAAGCAGCAAAGAAUCCUGUGGCACCUUAUCGACUAACAGACGUUUUGGAGCAUGAGCUUUCGUGGGUGAAUACCCACUUCGUCAGAUGCAUGUAGUGGAAAUUUCCAGGGGCUGGUAUAUAUAUGCAGGCAAGCUAGAGACAAUGAGGUAUAUACCUGCCCCUGGAAAUUUCCACUACAUGCAUCUGAUGAAGUGGGUAUUCAUCCACGAAAGCUCAUGCUCCAAAACAUCUGUUAGUCUAUAAGGUGCCACAGGAUUCUUUGCUGCUAAAACUGGAAGAGUGACAAACAAACAAAAUUGUUUAAAGCUAAAGAACUGCAUGGUACAGAGAGCUUUAAGCAUUUUUUCCAACAUAGUACUUCAAUAUAAUAUCAACUUAAUAGGUAUCAGAAGGCUAAGAGUGUAAAUUGCAAACCUUGAACCCAAGAAAUAUUGAGGUUAAAUAAAACAAAACCAAAGCCCCUUAAUGUCAUUUCUUGGUCAAGUACUUCUCAAGAAAUCCAUCCACAAACCAAUCGUACAUUUUAGAAUACUCAUUGACUUCAACAGAAGUUUUAUCUGAAUCAAUAAUGCAGAACUGAGCCAUUUUCUUGCAUAAAAAUCUUUUUUUCCACAUUAUAAUUUAUUUUUGCAGUGUUUUAGAAAGUGCAAAAGGGACUUCAUUAAAAUAGGCCAACCUUAACCAAACAGUGUGAAGGUUAGUGUUUUUUUUCUGACUUCCAUUAUUAAGUUAUGGGCAUUUUACUAUUCACAUCAAUCUGCAGGAAUGUAAUGUAAUGAUUUGUUUCUGUCUGGAAAGAUACUUGUUUCAGUCACCCACUUGUAUUUCAAAAUGUUAAGUAUUGUCAUAGAAUUGUGAAUAUAGAAGUAAAGCUUGUGUCAUUUUA